AAAAAAAAAAAAAAAAACUUUUUCAAUUAUAUAUAGAAUGACUGCCCACACUCUUAGGGAGACGCAAUAGGAGAGAAACAGAUAAAUAUAAUUAAACAAGGUAGUCGAUAUCAAGAUGGCGAUCAAUCUAAUGCCAUGAACGUUACAAACUAGGCACUCUUGUGAGCUAUAUUUUGAUGCUUCCCUCUGCCAUUUCUCUGUAAACCAACUACUCCUUCAUUCAAAACUCUCAAAAUUCUCCACCAUGGGAGACAAGGAGCAAAACAAGGCAGGUUACUGGUCCCUCGGCUCGGGGAACAAACCAAAGGGUGGCUUCAAUGCCUGCAAAUUUGUUUUUGUAUUGGCAGCAUUUGAGAACAUGGGUUUCGUGGCAAACAUGGUGAGCUUGGUUAUCUACUUCAUGACUGUAAUGUACUUUGAUCUGUCAACCUCAGCCAACACGCUUACGACCUUCAUGGGUGCAACUUUCUUGCUCUCCCUCAUCGGUGGCUUCGUUUCGGACUCCUACUUAAGCAGACUCAACACUGUUCUGAUAUUUGGAUUCCUUGAAGUCCUGGCUUUGGUGCUGAUGACAAUCCAAGCUUCCUCACACAAAUUUCAACCAGAUCCUUGUGGGAAAUCAAGCUGUUUGAAAGGUGGUGCAAAAUUCAUGUUCUAUAUGUCAUUGUGUAUGUUGGCAAAGGGAUCAGGUGGUGUUAGAGGAGCCCUUCCAGCACUUGGUGCUGACCAAUUCGAUCAAAAGGACCCGAAAGAAGCAAAAGCUCUUGCAAGCUUCUUUAACUACCUCUUGCUUAGUAUUACACUUGGAGCAGCAAUUGGAGUAGUGGCCAUUGUGUGGGUCAGUACGAAUCUGGGUUGGCAUUGGGGUUUUUUCAUAUCAACUGUGUCUGCAUUUUUGGGGUUCGUUGUUCUUGCUCUUGGUAAGCCUUUCUAUCGUCACAGAGUGCCAGGAGAGAGCCCCCUCAUAAGAAUCAUUCGGGUGAUUGUUGUGGCAAUUAAAAACCGAAGACUGUCAUUGCCAGAGAGGUCUGAUGAACUGUAUGAGAUCAGUGACAAAGAUUCACUUUCUGCUGAAGAAAAAAUUAAACAUACCAAUCAAUUCAGGCUUUUAGACAAAGCAGCAAUUCUUCAGGCAAAUGCAGAGCCAAGACCAUGGACCGUAUGCACAGUGACACAAGUUGAAGAAGUGAAGGUCCUAACAAGAAUGUUACCCAUUUUAGCCAGUACAGUCAUAAUGAACACUUGUCUAGCACAGCUCCAAACAUUCUCAGUACAACAAGGACGUAUCAUGAACCUCCAUCUCGGCUCUAUUGUAGUUCCUGCUCCAUCAGUUCCCGUGAUCCCCUUGAUUUUCAUGUCGGUUCUCAUACCAAUAUACGAGUUCAUUUUCGUUCCUUUUGCUCGGAAAAUCACCCACCAUCCAGCCGGUAUCACUCAACUCCAACGUGUUGGAAUUGGCCUAGUUCUCUCCGCGGUUUCAAUGGCUAUUGCAGGCAUUGUGGAAGUCAAAAGAAGGAACCAAGCAAACAAGGAUCCAGCACAUCCCAUAAGCCUGUUUUGGCUUUCCUUCCAAUUUGGUAUAUUUGGAAUUGCUGACAUGUUCACUCUUGUAGGAUUGCUUGAAUUCUUCUACAAAGAAGCACCAGCGGGGAUGAGAUCACUGUCGACCUCAUUCACAUGGUUGUCUCUAGCUUUUGGUUACUUCUUAAGCACUGCUUUUGUCAAUAUUAUUAACUCUGUCACCGAGAAGAUCGCACCAAGCAAACAAGGCUGGUUGCAUGGAUUAGACCUCAACAAAAACAAUCUCAACCUUUUCUACUGGUUUUUGGCAAUCCUCAGCUGCGUCAACUUUUUGAACUACUUGUAUUGGGCUAAUUGGUACAAGUACAAAUCAGAAGAAUCAGUAUUGAAAGAAGCACCACUCUUGAAGGUUGAUCAAAGCAUUCAAGACAGUACUAAUGGAUUUAGUACUAUUCAAGUCUCAUCUGCUUUAGGGGAUGCCAAAGAAAAAGAAUCAAGUUGAUAAAAAUCCUCAACAGCAAUACAGAAACAAUAAAAUCAACGGAUAAAGGUUUUGGAGAUUGGAGAUUCUUUUCCUUCUUUUUUUUCCCCCCUUUUUUUGUCCUGCUUUUUUGCGUGUAUGUGUGUGUGUAGUGUAGAAGCUUGGUCUAGGCAGGCUGUGUUGUUUUAUGUGCUUACAGUAUUAUAUGUAUGUGUGUGUAUUAUUUUUAUUUUUUGGUGGUUGAUGAAAACAACUAAUUUGGAUGUCUACUUAAUAAAAGAAAAGGGAAGGUUGCUUGAGGCU